UGUAACCAUGUUGAUUGAAAUUCCUGAUGAAUCAUCAAGCUCAUUCUACAAAGGCCAAGUAUAUGUUGGCCUAAAAGACCAUGUUUUUGAAUCAUCCUCACCUAUACCACAUGCGACCGAGUUAGGGAAGAUACUGUUUGACAGAGAAGAUCCUGUGAAACCAGUUCUCCUACUCCACACAGAUGGUGGUCCAGAUCACCGGUGUAACUAUUUGUCUGUACAGGCUAGCCUCAUUGCCUUGUACAAGUCCCUUGACUUGGAUAUGUUGAUAGCAGUAAGGACUGCCCCUAAUGCCUCUUGGAGAAACCCACCAGAGCGAGUUAUGUCUCUUCUAAACUUGGCUCUUAACUGCAUUGGACUAAUGCGUGCCGAGAUGGAACCACAGUUUGAAAACAUGUUAAAGUCCUGCAACAACAUGAAAAGUAUCAGAGAAAAAGCAACCAUAUUUCCAGAUUUGGAAAAAGCCUUUGUUGACAGUCUUGAAGGUGUGAAAAUACUACUGGGUGAUUUGUUUUCCAGACUGUCAUGGAAAGAUCUGCCACUUCAGAUGUUUCAUGCUGCGUCAGUUGAAGACCAAGAUACAAUGGUGACCUAUCUCAAGGAAAUGGAUGACACAAUUUCGUUAGAAGGAAUGUCGGCAGGAGAACUUAGAGCCAAACAAAAUCUAAAGAAGUUCAUGAGCCACUGCUGUGUAUGCCGACGUUAUAUGUUCAUGAUAAAGAAAUGUGGCCUGGCUGAUUGUGAGAUUUGUCUGCCCCCAAGACUGUGUCAUGAAGACUUCGACAGUCUGAAGUGGUUGCCUGAUCCUGUGCCAUUUGAUGAUGGUCAUCAUUACAAGUCUUUUGAUUCUGUUUAUGGAACAAAUACGUCAGAAGAGCACUGCCCAUCAAUGCAAAAAAGGCCACCAACACUUAAUUCUCAUGGCAUACCCUUUAGUCCCUCUGCCCAAACCUGUAAGACAGUUCAAAGGAAUGUGUUUUGCACAGAGUGUGGAAAACCAAGAGUUCUUUACUGUGAGAAGAAAAUUGAUCGCUCAAGUUUAAUAAUUCUUGACAGAAUUCUUGAAUUGUAUGAAUAUUCAUGUGGGUCCAAUUUGCAGGAGCUGAUGAAGCUCACUACUGUACGUGUGAAUGAGGUGCUGAAGAAAGUUUUUGUUAGAAAGAACCUAAAAUGUGAGAAUGACAUUGAAGUACCAUACUUCAGUUCUGGUAUUUUUGCUGAUGUUUGUGUUCGGUGUGGUACCAGUGCCAAUUUGCAGAACGAGAGUGGUGUGUUCCCCUCUUGUCGAGAUUGUUCACCUGAGAAAUUGCAUACUAGACAGUCAUCAACUAGACAGAGCUGUGGCAAAAAAUCUAAGCUGUAAACAGUACUUUGACAGUUCCUUGAGUUGAUUUAACAUGUAUCCAAGGCAUCUUGAAUAGUUUUAUUUAUACAAAUGACAUGUUUAUUUUGUGUAACAGUGUGUAACAACAGAUGAUAGAAUUUGAGGGCAACGUUUUUUUGGAAUAAUGAUGUUUUUAUGACAUUGGAAUGACAGCUGGAACAAAAAGAUGAUUAAUCAUAUUGAUUGUAAUGUUAUCCAGGAGAUGUGUUUGAUAUGCCUCGAAAAUCCAGGGAUUGUCAUGCCUUCAACAAUUAUGGUGUUAAACUAGCAGAACUUUGUCGUUCUUUUAAUCUUCACGUCUUUAAUGGCAGGCUCUUUAAUGAUCAGAGAGGAGAGUUCACUUGUGUAACACACAAUGGAGCAAGUGUUGUUGAUUAUGUGUUAGCGUCAUCAUCCCUGUUUCCCCAUGUAACUGACUUUGGUAUUGGUACAAGAGAUAAUUCAUGCCACUUUCCAUUAUACUGCAGUCUUAAUCUAGAUUUUAACUGUUUAUAUGAACCUUAUUGUAAAUUGCCACAAAAUGAUCUUCCGCAAGAUGUCAGUACUGAGCCAUGUAAAUGGUAUACCGGGUAAGUAUGUCUGGAGUAGAGACUCUGGUAACACUUUCUUUGAUAAUUUUAAAGCUGGCUUUUAUGAUAUUAAAUCUUCACUAUGUGAUAUGAUUGAUACAAAUGUGGAGAGUGCCCUAGUUCAUAUAGUUAAUAUUAUUCAUUGUGCUGCUAACCAUACCAAAAAGCUUUAUACACAAUUCCGCAAACCAUUAAAAUUAUGUCAGCCACAAUGGUGGGACCAAGAUCUGGAAAACUUGAAACAUGAUAAGUAUGCUGCUCUCAGAGCCCAUAGAGACCACAAUGCUGAUCUAGACCGCUUUAGAUAUUUUAGACGCUUGUUUAAGAAAAGUUUCAAUUCCAAAAAACAGCAGUAUCUACAAACUCAGAGGGACAAAUUAGUCGCAGCUAGAUCUGACCCAAGUCUUUUCUGGAAAAUCAUUAAAGAAAACAAAUUUGGUAACACAAUUUCUGAAAAUAUUUCAUGCCAGCAAUGGUUUGACCAUUUUAGAUCACUUUUAUCCACUGACAAUAGCACCCAGUAUCCACUCUAUGAUGAUUCUGCCCCCUCUGCCUCCGAUAGUUUAAACCAUCCCAUCUCUGAACAAGAAGUAUUAUCCCACAUAAAAAAUCUACCUAACAGAUGGCAGAUGGCAUACCAAAUGAAUUUAUUAAAUCCUGCAGUAACCUUCACCUAUUCUCACCAAGAUUUUUAAUCAAAUAUUCUCUACUGGUUCCUUCCCAUCUUCAUUGGGUAAGAGUAUAAUCUGUCCAUUACAUAAAUCUGGUGAUAAAUCAAAUACAGACAACUACAGAGGAAUAUCUCUUAUAGACACUUUAUGCAAGGUUUUUACAUCUAUCCUAAACAGCAGAUUACAGCUAUGGUGUGACACCAAUAACAUCCUCAGUGAAGCUCAGGCUGGUUUUAGAACUGACUAUUCUACUAUUGACCAUAUGUUUACAUUACAAGCUAUUACAACAAAAUAUUCUGGCAAAAAGAAGGGAAGAUUUUACUGCCUCUUUAUUGAUUUUUCGAAAGCUUUCGACACUGUAAAACAUGAUGUUCUGUUAGAUUCAAUAAAGAAAGUAGGUAUAUCGGGUCCCAUUUAUAAUGUCCUAGUUUCCAUGUACAGUGGUUUAUCAGCUUGUGUAAGAUCAGCCAAAGGUUUAUCUCAAGUGUUUCCAUGUAAUGUAGGUACUCGCCAAGGUUGAGUCUUAAGCCCACAAAUGUUCUUAAUUUUUAUUAAUAAUUUGUCCACAGUAUUUGAGGAAUUAGGUGGUAAAGGUAUUCAUAUUUCUCCUGAUAUAGAUAAUUUAUGUGCUCUUCUUUUUGCUGAUGAUGUUUCUGCUCUCUCAGAUAGUUGUGCCCAGCUUCAAAAGAAAAUUAAUGCUUUGGAAAUAUUUUGUAAUAAAACAGGCAUGCAAAUUAACUUUAAAAAAACCAAAGUAAUUGUAUUUAGGCAAGGUGGCCAUCUUCGCAGUUAUGAAAAGUGGUUUUAUCAUGGUGAACCUAUUGAAACUGUUUCAAGCUAUAGAUAUCUUGGCUUAAAGGGGCACUGAUCUAACGCAAUUCCCCGGGACUGGUUGUUGUCUUUGUUAUUGUU